GGGCCUUGGCGGAGCGGGCGGCCGCCGCGGGGCCCCGGAGAGCCGGGCCGGGGCGCACGGGCCGGGCCGGGCCGAGGCGGCCGCCAACCCGGCCUCAGCCGUCGGGGGCCUGGCGAACACGCCUUGGCUACUUUCCGCUCGGAGUUGUGAUCUUGUCUGGGGGGCGGCGCAGGGCCGGGCUUUCGCGGCGAGCUCUCCCGUCGGCCGGGAGGGGGAGCGGCGGGCGGCGGGCGGCGCGCGCCCAGGGGGAGGGGGAGGGGGAGCAUGCCCGGCUGGAGCCGGGCCUCGGGGCGCGCCCCGGCCGCCGUCCCCACCUCCGCCUCCUCCUUCUCCUCCUCCGUCUCCUCCUCCUCCUCCUCUUCCAGUCCCGCCGCCGCUGCAGCCAACAUGGCUGCGCUCCUGAGCCCGGGAGGCGGUCGCUGCUGAGCGCCGCUCGCCGCCCGGGCCCCCAGCCCGCCCAGGCCCCGGCCCAUGGCCCCCGCGGCCUCGCGGACCCCGGCGCGCUAGGGCUGCAGCCCAGGCGCUCGUCGCCCCUAGUCGCUUCGGGGCCCCUCGGCGCAGCCGCCCGCUCGCGCUCCCGCCGGCCUCGGGGAGCCCGGGAGCCGUCCGGCGGGGCGGGGCGGGCCGCCACCAUGGAGCCCCAGCGCCGGGAGCUGCUCGCCCAGUGUCAGCAGAGCCUAGCCCAGGCCAUGACGGAGGUGGAGGCUGUGCUCGGGCUGCUCGAGGCCGCGGGAGCGCUCAGCCCCGGCGAGCGUCGGCAGCUGGACGAGGAGGCGGGAGGCGCCAAGGCGGAGCUGCUGCUUAAGCUGCUCCUGGCCAAGGAGCGAGACCACUUCCAGGACCUGCGGGCGGCGCUGGAGAAGACGCAGCCUCACCUGCUGCCCAUUCUCUACCUGAACGGCGUCGUGGGGCCGCCGCAGCCAGCCGAGGGCGCGGGCUCCACCUCCAGCGUCUUGUCCAUCAUGCCCUCAGACUCAGAGAGCAGCGGCUCCCUCAGCAGUGUGGGCACCACCGGGAAGGCGCCCUCCCCACCACCGCUCCUCACUGACCGGCAAAUGAAUGAGAAGGUGGAGAACCUCUCCAUCCAGCUGCGGCUCGUGACCCGGGAGAGGAAUGAACUGCGCAAGCGCCUGGCCUUCUCUACUCACGCGACCACCUUUGACAAGAGGCCCUACCAUAGGCUGAAUCCCGACUAUGAGAGGCUGAAGAUCCAGUGUGUGCGGGCCAUGUCUGACCUGCAGAGCCUGCAGAACCAGCACACCAACGCCUUGAAGAGGUGUGAGGAGGUGGCCAAGGAGACCGACUUCUACCACACACUCCACAGCCGGCUCCUGAGCGACCAGACGCAGCUGAAGGAUGACGUGGACAUGCUGAGGCGGGAGAAUGGACAGCUGCUGCGGGAGCGCAAUCUGCUGCAGCAGUCAUGGGAGGACAUGAAGCGGCUGCGUGAGGAGGACCAGAAGGAGAUCGGGGACCUCCGGGCCCAGCAGCAGCAGGUGUUAAAGCACAAUGGGUCAUCAGAAAUUCUCAACAAGUUGUACGACACAGCCAUGGACAAGCUGGAGGUGGUUAAGAAGGACUAUGAUGCCCUGCGGAAGAGGUACAGCGAGAAAGUGGCCGUCCACAGCUCGGACCUGAGCCGCCUGGAGCAGCUGGAGGAAGAGAACCAGCGUCUGCUGAAGCAGACGGAAAUGCUGACGCAGCAGAGGGACACGGCCAUCCAGCUGCAGCACCAGUGCGCCCUCUCCCUGCGGAGGUUCGAGGCGAUCCACCAUGAGCUGAAUAAGGCCACAGCCCAGAACAAGGACCUGCAGUGGGAGAUGGAGCUGCUUCAGUCGGAGCUGACGGAGCUGAGGACCACACAGGCAAAAACCGUGAAGGAGUCGGAGAAGUACAAAGAGGAGCGGGAUGCGGUGUACAGCGAGUACAAGCUCAUCAUGAGCGAGCGCGACCAGGUCAUCUCCGAGCUGGACAAGCUCCAGACCGAGGUGGAGCUGGCCGAGUCCAAGCUCAAGAGCAGCACAUCCGAGAAGAGGGCGGCGAGCGAGGAGAUGGAGGCACUGCGACAGCAGAUCAAAGACACAGUGACAAUGGAUGCUGGGAGAGCCAAUAAGGAGGCUGAAAUCCUUCGAAAGCAGUGCAAAGCUCUGUGCCAGGAGCUGAAGGAAGCCCUCCAGGAGGCGGAUGUAGCCAAGUGCCGGCGGGACUGGGCCUUCCAGGAGCGGGACAAGAUCGUGGCCGAGCGGGACAGCAUCCGGACACUCUGUGACAACCUAAGACGGGAGCGGGACCGUGCAGUGAGCGAGUUGGCUGAGGCCCUGCGCAGCCUGGACGACACUCGCAAACAGAAGAACGAUGUCAGCCGGGAGCUUAAGGAGCUCAAGGAGCAGAUGGAAUCCCAGUUGGAGAAGGAGGCCCGGUUCCGACAGCUGAUGGCCCACAGCUCCCAUGACUCGGCCAUUGACACAGAUUCCAUGGAGUGGGAAACCGAAGUUGUAGAGUUUGAAAGAGAGACAGAGGAUGUUGACUUGAAGGCCCUUGGGUUUGAUAUGGCAGAAGGUAUGAAUGAGCCGUGUCUGCCGGGGGACUGUGGCAUAUUCGUCACUAAAGUGGACAAAGGAAGCAUUGCUGAUGGCCGUUUACGGGUCAAUGACUGGCUGCUAAGAAUCAACGACGUGGACCUCAUCAACAAGGACAAGAAGCAGGCCAUCAAGGCUCUCCUCAAUGGGGAGGGGGCCAUCAACAUGGUGGUACGGCGGAGGAAGUCCCUGGGCGGGAAGGUGGUCACGCCGCUGCACAUCAACCUGAGUGGACAGAAAGACAGUGGCAUCAGUCUGGAGAAUGGAGUGUAUGCUGCAGCUGUGGCGCCUGGAAGCCCGGCCGCCAAAGAAGGAUCCCUCAUCGUGGGGGACAGGAUUGUGGCGAUCAAUGGAAUUGCACUGGACAACAAGUCUCUGAAUGAGUGUGAAUCUCUGCUGCGUAGCUGCCAGGACUCCCUGACCCUCUCCCUCCUGAAGGUGUUCCCUCAGAGCUCCUCAUGGAGUGGCCAGAACAUCUUUGAAAACAUCAAGGACUCUGAUAAGAUGUUGAGUUUCCGAGCCCAUGGCCCAGAGGUCCAGGCUCAGAAUAAACGGAACUUGCUGCAGCACAAUAACUCCACGCAGACGGACAUCUUCUACACAGACAGGCUGGAGGACAGGAAGGAGCCAAGCCCCUCAGGAGGCAGCAGCUCCUUCCUGCACAAGCCAUUCCCUGGGGGACCGUUCCCAGUCUCCCCACAGGCCUGUCCCAGUGCCUCAGAGCGCAGUCUGAGCUCCUUCCGCUCAGAUGCCUCUGGGGAACGUGGCUACGGGCUGGUGGAUGUGCACACCCGGCAACCACUGCUGCCUUUUGAGACUGAGGUGGGCCCCUGUGGGGCGCCAGAGCCCCCCCUAGAUAAGGCAGACCCCGAGAGCGCCAGCAGUGGCGGGACCUGGCCCAAGGCCGGACUCAGCUCCACGGCAGGGCCUGAGAAGCUCUCUGUUUACAAGAAGCCAAAGCAAAGAAAGUCUAUCUUUGACCCUAACACUUUCAAACGUCCCCAGACACCCCCCAAAAUAGACUACCUGCUCCCAGGCCCUGGGCCUGUGCACUCCCCCCAGCCCUCCAAGAGGGUAGGACCUCUGACACCUCCAAAACCUCCCAGGAGGAGCGACUCCAUUAAGUUCCAGCACAGGCUGGAAACCAGUUCAGAGUCAGAGGCAACUCUGGUGGGCAGCUCCCCAUCCACCAGCCCCCCGGGUGCACUGCCCCCUGCUGGGGACCCUGGGGAGCCCAUGCAUGCCUCACCCCAUCGCAAGGCCAGGGUCCGCAUUGCUUCCAGCUACUAUCCUGAAGGGGACGGGGACUCCUCCUGCCUGCCUGCCAAGAAGUCCUGUGAUGAGGACCUCACCUCCCAGAAGAUGGACGAGCUGGGGCAGAAGCGCCGCCGGCCUAAGUCUGCUCCCAGUUAUCGGCCCAAGCUCACCCCAGUAGUGAUUCCUGCUCAGUUCCUGGAGGAGCAGAAGUGCAUCCCAGCCAGUGGAGAGCUCUCCGCAGAGCUCCAGGAGUGGUCCCCUUACUCACCAGGGCACUGUGGCCGGCACAGCAACCUCCCACUCUACCCAAGCAGGGCAUCUGUGGGCACUGUUCCCCGGAGUAUGACCCCGAAUACCACCGUAAGCUCCAUCCUGAGGAACCCCAUAUACACCGUGCGUAGCCACAGGGUCGGCCCCUGCAGCUCUCCACCUGUUCCCAGAGAGGUCAGCCCCCAGGGUUUGCAUCCCAGUGUCCAGCACCAGGGACGCCUGAGCCUGGAUCUGAGCCACAGGACCUGCAGCGACUACUCAGAGAUGCGAGCCUCCCACGGGUCCAACUCACUGCCCUCCAGUGCCCGCCUUGGGUCUUCAAGCAACUUGCAGUUCAAGACAGAACGCAUUAAAAUCCCAUUGACACCAAGAUACCCCCGGUCUGUUGUGGGCUCUGACAGAGGUUCCUUGUCACAUUCUGAAUGCAGCACGCCUCCACAGUCACCCCUGAACAUCGACACCCUGUCCUCUUGUAGCCAGUCCCAGACCUCAGCCUCCACGUUGCCCAGGAUCGCCAUCAACCCUACAGCCCUCGGAGAGUGGAGGAAGGACAGGCCCUAUGUGGAGGAGCCACGCCAUGUCAAGCUGCAGAAGGGCUCGGAGCCACUGGGCAUCUCCAUCGUGAGUGGAGAGAAGGGUGGCGUCUAUGUCUCCAAGGUGACUGGAGGGAGCAUUGCUCACCAAGCUGGCCUUGAGUAUGGCGACCAGUUACUUGAGUUCAAUGGCAUAAACCUGCGGAGUGCCACGGAGCAGCAGGCCCGGCUCAUCAUCGGGCAGAAUUGCGACACUAUCACCAUCCUGGCCCAGUACAACCCACACAUGCACCAGCUCAGCAGCCACUCCCGGUCCAGCUCCCAUCUGGACCCUGUCAGCACCCACUCCACUCUCCAGGGCAGUGGUGCCACCACCCCAGAGCAUCCGUCUGUCAUUGACCCACUGAUGGAGCAGGAUGAGGCCCCUGGCACCCCCCUGGCCAAGCAGAGUACCUCCAGUUCCAGGAUGGGGGGAGAUGCCAGCAAGAAGACUGCAGAGCCACGAAUUGUCUUCAUGAAGAAGUCCCAGCUGGAGCUUGGAGUGCAUUUAUGUGGUGGGAACCUGCAUGGGGUGUUUGUGGCUGAGGUAGAGGAGGACAGUACUGCUAAGGGCCCUGACAGCCUUGCGCCAGGGGACCUCAUCCUCGAGUACGGCAGUCUGGACACACGCAACAAGACGGUGGAAGAGGUCUACGUGGAGAUGCUGAAGCCCAAGGAUGGCGUCCGCCUGAAGGUCCAGUACCGCCCCGAGGAGUUCACCAAGGUCAAGGGCCUGCCUGGUGACAGCUUCUACAUCAGGGCCCUGUAUGAUCGGCUGGCAGAGGUGGAGCAUGAGCUGAGUUUUAAAAAAGAUGACAUCCUUUACGUUGAUGACACCUUGCCCCAGGGCACAUUUGGGUCCUGGAUGGCCUGGCAGCUGGAUGAGAAUGCCCAGAAGAUCCAGCGUGGGCAGAUCCCCAGCAAAUAUGUGAUGGACCAAGAAUUCUCCAGGAGGCUCAGCAUGUCGGAAGGCAAAGGCGACAACAGCGCCGCGAAGACACUGUCGGCGGCUGCACGCAGAUCCUUCUUUCGGAGAAAACAUAAGCACAAACGCAGUGGGUCCAAAGAUGGAAAAGACCUCCUUGCCUUGGACACCUUUUCCAACGACUCCAUUCCAUUCUUUGAAGAUUCAGUGAGCCUUGCCUAUCAGCGGGUCCAGAAGGUGGACUGCACAUCUCUGAGGCCCGUCCUGAUUCUGGGGCCUUUACUGGACGUGGUGAAGGAAAUGCUGGUGAACGAGGCACCUGGCAAGUUCUGCAGGUGCCCCCUUGAGGUGAUGAAGGCCUCCCAGCAGGCCAUUGAACGCGGUGUCAAAGACUGCCUGUUUGUCGACUAUAAGCGGAGGAGUGGCCAUUUUGACGUGACCACAGUGGCUUCUAUUAAGGAGAUCACAGAGAAGAACCGGCACUGCCUCCUGGACAUCGCCCCCCAUGCCAUCGAGCGGCUGCACCACAUGCACAUCUACCCUGUCGUCAUCUUCAUCCACUACAAGAGCGCCAAACACAUCAAGGAGCAGAGAGACCCUAUCUACCUGAAGGACAAAGUGACUCAGAGACAUUCCAAAGAGCAGUUUGAGACAGCUCAGAAGAUUGAGCAGGAGUACAGUAGGUACUUCACAGUUUCUUGCUGAUGGAAGAGAGUGGGGUAGUAGUGGGACAGAAGGACCAACUAGCAUAAAACAAGCAGGAAGACAUAGAGUAAAAGGUGCAUUUAUUGGCCUCAAACCUGGGGUCUAACUCAGAGCUCAAUGAUGUGUGUGUUUGGGGGGCUCUCUUGCAGGAGUCAUCCAAGGAGGAGCCCUGUCAAGCAUUUGCACUCAGAUCUUGGCAAUGGUCAAUCAAGAACAAAACAAAGUCCUGUGGAUUCCAGCCUGCCCACUGUAGAAGAGCGCUGUGCUGGGAAAUGACUGCAGUUUGUCACCAGUGUAAAUGCCUGGCCCAGCUUUUUUAGCGACUAAAAAUAGGAGUUCUGUCUUGAUAUAAACACAAAGGGGCAGGAUCCAUGCCGAAGGACUCCAGAAGCACUUCCUUUGUAGACAGAGGACCACAGAUAAAUGGGAUCCGGGCCCAGGCCAGCAGACUGUAUUCCUCUCACACGUGUGCUUUAAGACAAGAAACACAAAAGACUUUUUUAAUAGAGGGGUUCAACAGCAACCUUUCUUUAGCCAGCUGAUCAGAAAUGCUGCAAAGAGAACCUUUCAGAUCACAAGUUUACAAGCCUCUUCCGAGUAUUUGAUUAUGUUUACUUGAACGGCUCAUGCUGUUGGGGCCCAGCCCCUGCCCCCAUCAACCCCUGUGUUGCUUCGGUGUUUGGUGUUUUUCAGUGAAACAAUGUGGGAACCUUGUUGGCAGCUGCUUUGCUUUGUGAGGUUCUUAGCGGUGGGACCAGAGAUUUGACAGACUUCCUGCUCCUCAGUGGCCCCUCUCCUGGAAGGACGUCGUGACUGCAGAUUUUAAGAAACCAGUGCCUUUGUGGGGCUGACUCGCCAGCGGCAGUGUUCUCCCCUUUGUACCAAGGAAGGCGACUUUGCAGUCUUAGAAACUCGUCUCUCAGACUUUCUUACCUGCCCCCAGCGUCCUCUCAUUUCUUCUCUGCGUUUAUUUUCUAAGCGUUCUGUCCAGGCGUCAGUCUCAUGGGUUCGCUGUGACACAGCUAGCUCCAGGCAAGGUGUUUAGAGCUGACACAUGCCACUGGGUCCUCUUUAGGUUCUGUAAAUAGUGAUGGCCUUCAUCAGUGUAAUUUUUGCAGAGUAGUUCUUAUAACUGUAGAGUGAGGCAGGCACACCAGUUCUUUGAUACGAAAACAUUCGUGUUUCAGACUUUGAAUUGAGAGCUCUUAGGGAAAAGAUACUGAUUGGUGUGCUCACUGUCAAAAAUCUAAAGAGAAACUGGGAUCUUUUUGGUCUUGGCUAGAGCACUCAUGGCUCGAACAGUACUCAGUGAGGAUGUCUCUGGGCCCUGCCCUGUCCCACCCCCCCCCCAGUUCUGAUGCUGGAUGUCUCUGGCUGAAGAUUUGAUGUGGUUCCUCCUUAAACUGUGCAUCCUAUUAAUAAUAGGUACUGUACCGGGCUCCGUGUGUCACUGGGGUAGGACCUAUAUUUUAAAACUGUUCCUAACAUUUCAUUUUACUACCAAGAAAUCUUCGAUUUCAUUUUAUUCUUUGUAAUUCUAGACACUAGAUUGUAGUUUAACCAUAUUGACAUUUUUUAAAAAGGGAUAUAUUUUCUUGCACAGUUGUUCAAAAAGAAACAUGCUGCAGCCAUCAGUGCUGCCCUUUGUUCUACAGGUGCCGGUUUUCUAGCUCAGACAACCGAGACAAACGAGGCUGUCUGCAGGUCUUAACCCCAGGCCCCCUGGGGCUGUUGCUCUGAGUCGCAGACACAGGGACUGGGAGGUACAGUGUGCACAGGUACUGUUCUGGCAGACUGGGAUUUUCUGUACUAAAACAUUACUUUGUAUCAAAAGUUAUAAACAGACUUUAGUACAAUAAAUAAAGGUCAUUUUCUGUAACUUC